AUGGCUGAAAUGGCUACACCGUUGAACAUGGAAAGCCUGCUCGAGCUUCAACGUGUAGGCCAAGACAUCUUCGUCAGCGCCGAAUCUCCCUGGCUGCCACCUGGAGCGCCAUCAAUCUAUGGGGGCACAGUGGUAGCUCACUGCAUGCUCGCUGCUCAGGCCACUGUGCCUUCUGGGAGUCUUAUCUCGAGUCUGCAUGGCGCAUUCGUGCAAGGAGGCAAGCCGAACAUUCCGAUAUACUAUACAGUUGAGAAACUGCAGUCGGAAAACAAGUGGUCGGUAUGCACAGUUCGCGCGGUACAGGAAGAGCAAUGCACAUUCCUUGCUACCGUCAACUUUCGACCGGAACAACGCCCCCGACCACUCAAGCCCUCGUCUCAAGACCAAGCGCAGGUGGAAAGGUACCUUGGUACAGUCAAGGGUGGUGGAGGUGCAGAGAUAUGUCCAUAUGUCUGUAGUGAGCUUGGCGCAAUACCCGACGACCGUGGGCGGAACCAUGAAACACAGGUCUUCCAAUGGAUGAAAACUCGUCACACUAUCAAGUCCGAACAAUCUCCCCUCCAUCUUGCCGCAAUUGCCUAUAUGAGCGACAAUUACUUUCUACCCACUGCGACGCGUGUGCACGGGCUACGAUGGGAGCGAGAUCCCGAAAAUCUGCCUCCAUCUCUCGCUAUAGAAGGCCGAUCUGGAGAUAUCAUCAAGAUGAUGGUCUCGCUCGAUCACAAAAUCUACUUCCACCAUGUUUCCGAGCCUAUCCGUGCGGACGAAUGGCUCCGAAGUGAAAUGCAAUCACCUUGGGCGGGAGACGGACGAGCGCUGGUAUCCCAGAAAAUAUUUUCUGGUAGCGGCGAACUGAUAGCAACAGUUCUACAGGAGGGUGUGCUUCGACUCCAUGAACCAAAGGUCGCCAGGCUUUGA